GAAGCAUCAGAUCUUCUGGACUUACCGACGUAGUCACAACUACCUAUCCUCAUUUCAACAUGGUUGCGAAGUUCGUCAUUGUCCUCGCCUUCGUGGCAGCGGCCUCCGCCAGCUCUCUCUCCAGCUUCUCCUAUGGAGUAGCUGACCCCUACACGGGAGACUUCAAGAACCAGGUCGAGACCCGCGCCGGCGACAACGUCCAGGGACAGUACUCGCUUCUUGAGUCCGAUGGCACCCGCAGGACUGUCGACUACGCUGCCGGCGCUGGCGGAUUCAACGCCGUUGUCCGCAAGGACCCCGCUCUGAUCGCUGCUGCCCCCAUCUCCUACGCUGCCCCCAUCUCCUACGCCGCCAAAAUCCCCUACGCCGCCACAAUCCCCUACGCCGCUCCUUAUGCCGCCUAUGGCGCCUACCCUUACGCCCGAUUCGGAUACCCCUACGGACGAUUCUACUAAACUGUAUUAGGCAUUUCCAAUUGGCACCGAUUUUGUAAAUAAACAGAUUCUAUCUCAA